UUAUAGUUGGCAGUGGGAGUUGAAGACUCGGAGAAGAUGGCAGAAGAUGAUAUACUCCUCGCGUUGCUCGCAUGACUUUACGCCGCCAAUGGAACAAUAUGAACCGUGACGUUAUUUAUUCUGCAAAUCUGAGUGUUUUACAUCAUCACUCCAAGGAAUACCGAUGUAUUAGUACUUUAAGGAUCAGAUUUACGCAGUUAUUUUUGUUUUUAAAGAAAAUUCAUUAGAAAAAAAGCUUUAACAAUGGACGGAACGCGUGCAGCAGAAGUUUUACCUUUGCUAGAAGAGCGGUUGGCAAUAUUACCAGGUGGACGUGAUCGCCGUGGCGGUCCUGUCUUAUUAUUUCCUACAACAUCAAGAAGAGAACGUGCUAAACCAGAAGAUUAUCGUCGCCUGCUUCAAUAUCUUCUAGCUAUUCCUAAUGAUGAAGCUCGAGGACUUCGUUUUACUGUGAUUGUUGACAUGCGAGGAGCCACGUGGGACUCCGUUAAACCGAUUUUAAAGGUUCUACAUGAGCAUUUUCAUCGUUCUGUUCAUGUUGCAUUUAUCAUAAAACCAGACAAUUUUUGGCAAAAGCAACGUACUUCAUUGGCAAAACAGAAAAAGUACAACUUUGAGAUAAACACGAUAAGCUUGGAAGCACUGACAAAAGUAAUUGAUCCAUCUCAAUUAACCGCAGACUUGGAUGGAUCUCUGCAAUACGAUCAUGCUCAAUGGAUAGACACACGUUUAGCAGUUGAAGAUUUUACUUGGCAAGCUGCUGAUUUACUUGAUCGUUUAGAUGAUCUUCAAGAGGAUCUUAGUCGUAACGAUUUUGCUGAUGACGUAGGUGGUGCUAAACACGGUAUUGAUCUUCAUAAUGAGAUGAGAAAGAAGAUAAUGAAAGUGCCGGUUGAAGAGGUUGAAGUUGUAGGCCAACGAUUGCUACAACGUUUUAAUCAUGGUAUAAGUGGAACUUCAAGUGAAGGAGGUAGUAUUGAGGGAGGUGCAUCAGGUGGUGUAGAUCCUGAUGGUCGUGCAUUAGCUGCUUUAGUCAUUAAACAUUUAGAUUCUGUUCACGCAGCACAACAGCAUCUUCUUCAACUUUGGCAUAUAAAGAAAACAAAAUUAGAUCAGUGUUUUCAACUUCGACUUUUUGAACAGGAUUGUGAAAAAAUGUUUGACUGGAUUUGUCACAAUAGAGAAGUUUUUCUUGCCAAUUAUGUUGAGAUUGGGCGAUCUUACCAGCUAGCAAAAAAUCUUCAAGAAGAGCAUAAACAUUUUACAAUGAGUUCUAUGAAUGUUUAUGUUAAUAUUAACAAAAUAUUAACAAUGGCAGGAAGACUUUUAGAAACUCAGCACUAUGCCGCUGGUCAUGUGAGGGCUGUAGCUAGUCGUUUAGAUCGUGCUUGGAAAGAAUUUGCUGCUGGACUUGAUGAACGGACUGCUGUUCUUAGUCUUAGUGUGGUUUUUCAUCACAAGGCCGAACAGUACGUUGACAGCGUGACGGGAUGGAGUCAAGCAUGCGAGUCGACAAAUCUGCCCAACGAAAUUGCAGUCCUUGAAUCUCAUAUACGACAACAUCAAACGCUGUAUGAAGCCAUGUGUCAAGCAUACACUGAGGUUUACAAUGCGUAUCAGGCCCUUUUGAGUGGUCUGGGUGCUAUGCUACAAGUUUGUCACAGCUCAAGUUCCACUGGAGUCAUCAGCAAUGAGAUUUUUCACAGCGAUUAUGUACACAGUACCAGUAAGAAGCUUCUUUAUCAACUGGAUCAUCUUGUUCAAGUCUGUAAUCAGCCUCAAGGGAUUGACCACUCCAACAGAAAACAUAGCCAAGAUGGUCAUGGAAUGGACAAUCGUGGUGGAAUGAGUGGAAACCCAGCCGCGGAUUACAGUGAGGGUGCAUCACAUGUGCUUGCGGUUAUUCAUCAAAUUUUAGGUCAUCAUAGAGCUUUAGAAGCUCGAUGGCAUGCUCGUAAAGUCAAAUUACAUCAGCGGCUUGCUUUAAGAUUAUUUCAAGAAGAUGUAAAACAAGUAUUAGAUUGGUUAACAAAUCAUGGUGAAGUUUUUAUUAGAAAAAAUACUGGAGUAGGAAGGAAUUUACAAAAAGCUAGAGUAUAUCAAAAAAGUCAUGAACACUUUGAAAAUGUUGCUCAGAAUACUUAUACCAAUGCAACAAAAUUACUUACUGCUGCUGAAGAACUUGCUCAUACUGGAGAAUGUGCAGCUGAUGAAAUAUAUGCCGUAGCUCAAGAGUUAGAACGGCACGUAAGUAGUUUUGCAACAAGAGUAGAACAAAGACGUCGUCGAUUAGAUUUAGCUGUUGUAUUUUAUACUCACGAAAAAGAGUUAAGCGGAUGGGUAGAUGAAUUACGUCAAGAAUUACAACAAGAUGAAGUUGCAGAAAAUUUAGAAACAGCAGAAAGACUUUUGGAUCAGUGCGCACAACACCGAGCAUCUUGUCUUGAAGCUUGUACUUCAACAAUAGCUCAGGGUGAAGCUCUUUUACAAGAACUUCGAGACUCAACUGAAGUUUCAGAUACAACAGGGUCAGUAAGUGCAGUAGAAGCAGCUCUCGACCGACUCGCAUUACUGCGCCAAGAGUUAGAAGAGCUUUGGGCCACUCGGAAACUACGAUUAGAACUUUGUUUACGUUUGCGCGUGUUUGAGAGAGAUGCGCUAGAGGCAAGUGGACAGCUUGAGAUGUGGGCUCAAGAGCUUCGGGGAUCACCCAGGGAAGGUUCACCUGAACAAUUACUUCGUGUUCACAAUGAUGGAGUAGCUCAUAUGCAAAAUACAGCAUUUCAAGUUUUACAGCAAGGUCAAGAACUAGCUCAAGUUUUAGAUCAAGCUGGGGUGUGUAUAAUGGCUGAUGGUCAACAUACUGCGACUGCUCGAGUUCAAGUUCUUUUAGAAUUUUUAAACGAACGAGAAAUGGAUGCUGAAGACUUGGCAGAAAUUCGGCGAGUACGGUUGGAACAAGCCGCUCAGUUAGUACAACUUCAAAGUGAUGCUCAGCAUGUUGCAAAUUGGAUUAGAAAUGGUGAAGCUAUGCUUUUGGCAUCACUCAGAGUUCCAGAAAAUUUAUCAGAUGCAGAACAAUUACGCUUAGAACAUGAACAGUUUCAAGUAGCUAUUGAAAAAACACAUACAUCGGCAGUUCAAGUUAAACAUAGAGCAGAUGCAUUAGUUGGUGCUAAUCAUUAUGAUCCUAAAAGUAUUCGCGAAGUUGCUGAAGAUGUAACAAAACGAUGGCAACAGCUUGUUACUUGUGCUGAAGAACGACACAAACUUGUAACUGCGAGUAUUAAUUUUUAUAAAACAGCUGAACAAGUAAGAUCUGUUUUAGAUAGUUUGGAACGUGAAUAUCGUCGUGAUGAAGAUUGGUGUUUUGGUGGAGAAAAAGGUAGUCAAGUACCAACGCUUGUUGGAAAACAUCAAGAACAAAAAGAAGCUUUUCUUAAAGCUUGCACACUUGUGCGACGAACAGCGGAAACAUUUUUAAAGUAUACAAAUAGAAGUUUGCAAUUUUAUAGUUAUAAAACUACAAGUGGUGGUUCUGAAAAUAAAGUUAAAAAUAUUCUUGAAGAAUUAUUAAGUAAAGAAAAUAAAGUAUUAGAACAUUGGACACAACGUAAAAAACGUUUAGAUCAUUGUCAUCAGUAUGUUCUCUUUGAACGUAGUGCUAAACAAGCUUUAGAAUGGAUUCGCGAAACCGGUGAAUUAUACUUAGCUACACAUAUAAAUGUUGGAAAAAAUCGUCUAGAAAAUGAACAGCUUCUCCAUGAACAUAAUGAAUUUAAAGGUGCAGCAAAAGAAACAAGAGAACGAGUGAAAUUAUUAAUACAACUGGCGGACAAUUUAGUAGAAAAAGGUCACGCUCACGCAACAGCAAUAAAACAAUCUGUUGCUGAAGUUGAUCAACGUUAUAAGGAUUUUAGUAUGCGCAUGGAUUGUUACAAAACACAAAUUGAAGAUGAUUUAGGAAUACAAUCUGAUGAUGGCCAAAAAGAUUUAUCAAUAGAUCGUAAUUCAGAUCCAUUGCUUGAAGAAAAAAUAAAAGGAAAAGAUUUAAAAGAAUUAAAUGAAGAAAAACGACGUUCUGCUAGACGAAAAGAAUUUAUUAUGGCUGAAUUAUUGCAAACAGAACGAACUUAUGUGAAAGAUUUAGAAACAUGUAUUCGAUGUUUCUUAGAAGAAACAAGAAAUGGCCGUGGUAAUGUUCCACCAGGAUUACAAAGCCGUGAAUCAAUAAUAUUUAGUAAUAUGGAAGAGAUUUAUCAAUUUCAUAGUGAUAUAUUUUUACGUGAACUUGAAAAAUAUGAAACAAUGCCAGAGGAUGUUGGUCAUUGUUUUGUUACUUGGGCUGCUAAAUUUGAUAUGUAUGUUAUGUAUUGUAAAAAUAAACCAGAAAGUAAUCAAUUGUUAGUGGCUCAUGGAGGACUUUGGUUUGAAGAUUUACAAAGAAAACAUCGUGUUGAGCAUCCAAUAGCUGCAUAUCUUAUAAAGCCAGUACAGAGAAUUACCAAGUAUCAGUUAUUGCUCAAAGAUUUACAGGCUUGUUGUCAAGAAGGACAGGGAGAAAUAAAAGAUGGACUUGAAGUUAUGUUGAAUGUGCCUAAAAAAGCAAACGAUGCCUUACAUUUGAGUUUACUUGAAGGCUGCGAUGUUAGAAUCGAUGCACUUGGUGAUGUAGUUUUGCAAGACUCUUUUACUGUUUGGGAUCCUAAACAGCUCAUACGUAAAGGCAGAGAUCGUCAUAUUUUUCUUUUUGAGCUAUACCUUCUUUUUAGCAAAGAAGUUAAAGAUUCUGCAGGAAAGGUCAAAUAUAUUUAUAAAAGUCGUCUAAUGACCUCAGAACUUGGUGUAACUGAACAUAUUGAAGGUGAUGAAUGUAAAUUUGCUGUAUGGACUGGUCGUGCACCAACUAGUGACACAAGGGUUGUUUUGCGUGCAAAUUCGUUAGAAGCAAAACAACUUUGGGUUAAACGUUUACGUGAAGUGAUACAAGAAACUUACUUUAGUUUAAGUAUGCCUAAGAGUCCAGCUAAAAAGAGUUCAAGCCAGAGAUCAAGUCGUGAUUUAGAAGAAUGUGCAUCCCUUGAUGACAGUGUCGAAAAUUUGGAUAGAAAUUCAUUGGCAUCAUUUGGAUCAACAAAUACAACAGAUUCAGAUAAGACAGGUGUAACCGAAAUGACUUGGGUGGUAGCUGAUCACGCAGCUACACCAGGUUCUCGAGAGUUAAGUGUUACAAAAGGUCAACAGGUUGAAGUGUUGGAGAAUGGAAGUAUACAUUCUGGAAAUAGUAAUACGAGCGAAUGGACUUUAGUACGGUUACCUUUAGCACCAGGUCAAACUGAACCACCAGCUGAAGGUUUAGUACCUACUAGUGCACUUAAACAACCCCCUACAACAUCUUGUAAAACUUCACCAUCUAGAAAGGCACCUUCUCAAACUAAUGUUCCGAUUGCUCAACAAUCUAUUACUCAAGAAGAUACUGACACCGGUGGGAGCGACGGGAAUGGAUCAGCUAGUACAAGCUCACCAGGAAACCGGAGGCGUGGUUUUAGUGGAAGAAAAUGGUUGCCACAACAAUUUCGGAAACUUAGUCAGGGUAAAGUUGAAAAAUCAGGAGAUCGGCCAUCAGCACUUAAAAAGACUGGUUCUGAUAAAAGAUUUAAAUUGCCAACCGGCGACAAAUCAGGCCGUACUGUUUCUGAAGGUGAAGAAGAAGAGGAGGAAGUUGAAUGUGAUGACAGUGAAACGCCACCAUUUUUGGAACAAAACGGUGGAGAAGAUGCUGAAGAUGAUUUUGAACUACCACCUCCCAUGAAACCUAUUACUGAACCAAUACUAGUAGCCUCUGGAAAUGGUCCUCCAGGAUCUACUGUUCCUGAUGAAUUACCUGGGAAAAGAACAACUGAGCGAUCAAUAAAAAGUUUGGAUGGUGCUACAACUGCUGAUCUAGCUGAGAUUGAGCAAAUUGUCAAAGAAAGAAUGGAACAACAUACAGAAAAUCAAGAACGAAAUAGUUUAAUGAGAACACCAGGACGCCCGUCGUCUACAGAUGAUAGUUAUAAUAGUUUAAGUGGACCGACAAUUUCUGAAGAAACAGAUCCUGAAGCUGCAGCACUUGCAAAACGGCAAUUUGUCAUUAGGGAGUUGGUCGACACAGAACGAGAUUAUGUAAAUGAUUUAAAGCAUAUUGUUGAGGGAUAUAUGCUUCCCAUGAGAGAUCCUGACAGUGAAAUACCUUUACCUGAGGAUCUUCGUGGUGGUAAAGAUAAGAUGAUAUUUGGUAAUAUUGAAGCAAUAUAUGAGUGGCACAGAGACUUUUUCCUCAAAGCUCUUGAACGUUGUUUAGAACGACCUGAAGAGCUUGGUCCAUUGUUCAAGAGAUAUGAAAGGAAGUUACAUAUGUAUGUUGUCUAUUGUCAAAACAAACCGGUCUCAGAGUACAUUGUUUCCGAGUACAUAGAUACAUAUUUUGAAGAAUUAAGACAAAAGCUUGGACAUCGUUUACAGCUUUGUGAUUUACUUAUAAAGCCGGUUCAAAGAAUUACUAAAUAUCAGCUGUUACUCCGAGAAGCUUUACGCUUGACUGAAAAAACUCAAAGAAUAUCAGAGAUUGAAGGACUUCGUGCAGCGGCACACGUAAUGCGAAUCAUUCCUAAAGCCGCUAAUGACAUGAUGGAUGUUGGUAGAUUGCAAGGUUUUGAUGGAAAAAUAACGGCACAAGGUAAACUUUUAUUGCAUGGACCUUUACUAGUUGCUGAAUUAUCAAGUGUGCCACAACGAGGACGUGAAUGGCAAGUUUUCCUAUUUGAGCAAAAUAUUAUUUUUAGCGAAGCGCUUGGCAAGAAAACUCAGUUUACAAACCCUGCCUAUGUAUACAAAGCUCACAUUCAGGUAAAUAAAAUGAGUCUAGAAAACUCAACAGAUGAUCCUGAAAAAUUUGUAAUUCGUUCAACGGAUCCAAGAAAACCUGGACUUGGUUUUAUAUGCAGUGUAAUAGAGGAUAAUGGACCCAGGAAACAAGAAUGGUUUGAUACAAUUACAGCAAUUCUACAAACCCAGCGAGACUUUCUUAAAGCGAUUCAAUCGCCAAUUGCCUAUCAAAAGGAACUUACCAAAGAUCCACUCCGUUCAACGACCCCGGAACCAGUUACUCGUGCCGCAGUAUCAGUACCACCAAUGUUGACAGUACCUGGUGCAAGCAAUAAAGAGCGAAGUAAUGAUCAUAGAAAGUCUCAAGCUGUUCAUCGAUCACACACAGGUGGUCUUGAAAAUUCACCACGUACUCCAUCACCAACCAAAAGCAAGCUGAAUUUCCUCGAGGGAUUUAGGAAUACUAUCACCCGGGCACGUUCACCUGUUCGCACCAAUUCCAUUCCGGUUGCGCCAGGAGCGCGUGUAAGACUUGCAGCAGAUUGGGGUAAGCUUCACGCCGGUGAUGAGCUUGUAGUCUCACAUCUAGAUGGUCCAGGAGUUGUUGUAUCACCCCUAGAUGCCAAAGAAGAGCUUUGGAUACCAGCAAGUCUUAUUCCAAAUUCAUCCAUCAGUCGUGCAUGGUCCUUCCGUCCACGUAAACUUGAUAACGAAAAACAGAUUACUAGCCCACAGCGUAGUGUUAACGAACGAAAAACAUUUCCACCGAAGAUAAUUCCAGGAAGUGUAUCAUCACCUGUUAAAGUUUCUGUUGGAGAAAUUGCCAGGCUAUCCAUUGAAGUAACUAACUACGAGGGCAUUAAUGUUACUUGGAAAAAAGAUAGCAAUAAUACUGACAUUGAAACAGAUGAUCGGAUUCAAGUUCAUCAAAGUGCUGGUCUAAUUUACUUGGAAAUUUCACGUUGUCGUAUUGAUGAUGCUGGAACUUAUCAAUGUAAUAUUCAAUCAGAAACUGGAUCAUGUUCCGUUAAAAUUUAUCUUUGUGUUACAGGAGGAAGCGGAGCGACAUGGGCUCAAGUAAUGAGCACAACAAAAGUUAAAAUUGAUUGGGAAAAACGUGAUAUCGAACAAGGAACUCUAGAAUGUCGAACUAUACCUUCAACAUCAUGGAUACCAAUAAUUGAAGAGGUUAAAAAUCCUCCAGUUAUUCUAGAACUGUCAGCUGGUGCUUCAUAUAGCUUUAGAAUUGUAGACAAAUAUGGAAAAGGUGGUACCUCACCAUCUGCCGUUAUCACUUUACCAGUUGAUGAAAGUAUAAACUGGGAAGCUGAACAAUUUGUUGGGAGGUACUUGGAGCUAGAUGAACUUGGUAAGGGUAGGUAUGCUGUUGUAAAACGUGCAAGAGAUCGAGGAACUGGGCAAGAAGUUGCACUUAAGCAAACACCUAGGCACAAGCAAUCGAGAUUAUUAACUAGAGCUGAGUAUGAUCUUUUGGCCUCCACUCACCAUGGUAACAUCAUACGUGCUUAUGCACUAUUUGAAAAUGCGCCUCAGCCAGGAUUAGAUACCAUUGUCCUGGAAUUAGUACGAGGCCCAACAUUAUUUACUUACUUGAGUAAGAAGACUGAAUAUACGGAAGCAAUGGCAAGUAAAUAUGUUCAUCAAUUGUUGUCAGCUCUUCAGUGGCUUCAUCAACGUAAUAAAUAUCAUUUAGAUGUUAAACCUGAAAAUGUGCUUGUCGAUCAAGAUAUUGGAAUUGUCAAAUUGAUUGAUCUUGGUGAAGCAGUACGUGGUCCAGUUGAAGAAGUUGUACCACCAGGAGAUUUAGAAUUUGCUGCCCCAGAAUUAGUUAUUGGUAAACCCACUAGUUUUUAUACAGACUUGUGGGCUACUGGUGUUUUUAUUUAUGUACUUUUAAGUGGCCUUUCACCUUUCUUAGACGAUUCUGUCGAAGAAACAACUGCAAAUAUCUUGAAAUGUGAUUUUUGUUUUCCUGAUGAGUACUUUGAAUUAAUAUCAAAUGAUGCAAAGAAUCUUCUUUUAAAACUUUUAUCUUUAAAAGGAGAAGAUCGAGGAAUGGCUGAAUCCUGCCUAACAUCUCCAUGGUUUAAAAUAUCAAAAGGUGCAACAAUUCCUUCUGCAAGAAUGGCAGCAUUUAUUGAACGUCGAACACAUUGCUCUAAAUCUCACACAGAUGAUUGCUUCUACUCUUCUUGAGAUAAAUCAUUUUAGUAGGCAUCAUUUAAGUUGGAGACGUAGUUUUUAUUAAAAGCCGAACAAAUUAUAUUAUGUAAAUAAGAUAAAUUAAAAUUUUUACAAUUAAGUAAUUGAAUAUGUUUCUAUACAAAUUUAUGUUUACUUGUAAAUUUAAUUAUUUUGUAACAGAUCAUACACUUAGACAUUAAAAUAUUUAUAAAAAUAAGAUUGAAA